UUUCCUGUAGAAAAGCUGCUCUCUGCCAUACAGAAGCAGAGACAUUAGAAUUGCGGGAGAUUAGUACUGUUUGUAAAAUACAGUAAUGAAUUAUGGUUUAUGACAUAAUAUUUGACAUUGACAAUAAUUAAACGAAACAUUUACUGGGAAUACAUUUUACUUUCUGCUGUACUUCAUCGCUUUUCCUCUCCUACUGACCGUGUAAUGUUGAGCUCAAGGAUUUAGCAAUUACAGUCUGCUGGAUAGUUUACGUAUCUGGUUAAGUUGAUUCUGUAAGAUAACAUGUCUAAACACGAGACGACAAAGCUCAUCAUUGAAGAUGAUGAGCCAAAGCAAGAUGCGCUGAAUCCAUUUUCUUUCAAGGAGUUCAUCAGAAACAAGAACCAGCAGCCCUGUCUUACAGAAGCCAAAGAGGUGUAUGGUGGAGCAUGCCACGUCGAGCAGGACUAUAACACCUCCAUAGAUUUUGCCACGAAGGGGCCUUUCUUCACAGACCCCUCUGUGCUCUGUCAGCCUUGUGCAAAUGAACCUGAGGAGACGUGGAUUGAAAGCUGCCACCCAUCAGCCCUUGAUGGUUCUCAUGACUUCGAUCUAUGUGGCACUUUAGACCUCAGCGCUUACUCUGAGCAAUCAUCUCUGAGCAGUGAUGAGAAGGAAGCAAAUGUAACUGCAUGGGAACUGGGUGAUUCUGACUUCCUGCCAAAGGACCACUUAGCUAGAAGAAGCACAGGAAGCUAUGAAGGUGAUGAAGAGACUUCAGUGAUUGACAUUUCCUUCCAUCCUAAGAGGAGUAAUGCUGAAAAUGGCACAAAGAAUCCCCAACAGCUCAGAGAAGAGAAUUCCCUACUCCUUGGAAGGUCAGAAUCUGACUCCAAAAGGAUCAAACAACUGACUGAUGAGUUGCACAGCAAGAAAUUACAGGAGGAGAGAGAGGCUAAGGCUUUGGAGACAAUGGUGCAGUCAGUAGAACAAAACCUUAAGUUAAUGACGAAGCGAGCAGUCAAAGCUGAAAAUAGUAUUUCAAAAUUGAAACAAGAGAUACAACAACUCCAGGGCCAGCUUGAAGGAUAUAAAAGUGAAAAUGAGAGGCUAAGAUAUGGAGAAACUACAGCCUUAACUACAAUGAGACACAAUGCACAAGUGGCCUCUGAGUACCUUAACAAAGCAGCUCAAGAUGCAGAGACUUCUAUCAAGCAGUUGCUGUCAGGAAGAGAGACAGUCUGUUUUGUUUCCCAGUUAUUGACAUCUAUUGACAAGAUCACAGAGAUUCAUAAUUAAGUUUUUUCUGCAAACAUCAUGCUCCGUACACUAUAGACUCACUGCAUUUAGACCGUGGUACAUCAUUAUUUAUUUUGUUCAUCCAACUUCAUUAGCAUCAUGUUUAGGUUUUAUGAAAUAACAAAAUGAGUUGUGAUGGGCAAUAUGAUGAUCAAAUUAAGCUCUAGCAGGAACUUAAGCAUAUAAACACUUAAGUGUACCAAAUAGUGCCUUGGAUUCUCUCACCAAAAUCAAAGAUCUGUAUUGUAGGAGUGUAUGUGGAAAACAAUAUUUUCAAAAACGUUUUGCACUUUUGUUAAACAAUGAGUCAAGUCCCUUCUUAAAAUUCUAUUGCAC